AUGGGCCCCUCCCACCCUGCACUCCCACCCGUGACGAGGCUUGGCCUGUGCUGCCUCCUUCUGAUCCCGGCAGGGUCAGUGCAGCGAGCCCCCCACGCCCAAGCUGAGGAUCGCCUCUUCAAACACCUCUUUAGGGGCUACAACCGCUGGGCACGGCCAGUGCCCAACACCUCAGAUGUGGUCAUCGUGCGCUUCGGGCUGUCCAUCGCCCAGCUCAUCGAUGUGGAUGAGAAGAACCAAAUGAUGACCACCAACGUCUGGCUGAAGCAGGAGUGGAAUGACCACAAGCUGCGCUGGAACCCAGCCGAGUUCGGCAACAUCACAUCCCUCCGAGUCCCUUCAGAGAUGAUCUGGAUCCCCGACAUUGUCCUCUACAACAAUGCAGAUGGGGAGUUCGUGGUGAACCACAUGACCAAGGCCCACCUCUUCUCCACUGGCACCGUGCACUGGGUGCCCCCAGCCAUCUACAAGAGCUCCUGCAGCAUCGACGUCACCUUCUUCCCCUUCGACCAGCAGAACUGCAAGAUGAAGUUCGGCUCCUGGACGUACGACAAGGCCAAGAUCGACUUGGAGCAGAUGGAGCAGACCGUGGACCUGAAGGACUACUGGGAGAGUGGCGAGUGGGCCAUCGUCAACGCCACGGGCACCUACAACACCAAGAAAUAUGACUGCUGCGCUGAGAUCUACCCCGACGUCACCUACUACUUCGUCAUCCGGCGCCUGCCCCUCUUCUACACCAUCAACCUCAUCAUCCCCUGCCUGCUCAUCUCCUGCCUGACCGUGCUGGUGUUCUACCUGCCCUCCGACUGCGGGGAGAAGAUCACCCUGUGCAUUUCCGUGCUGCUCUCGCUCACGGUCUUCCUCCUGCUCAUCACCGAGAUCAUCCCUUCCACCUCCCUGGUCAUCCCGCUCAUCGGUGAAUACCUGCUUUUCACCAUGAUCUUCGUCACCCUGUCCAUUGUCAUCACGGUCUUUGUUCUCAAUGUCCACCACCGCUCCCCCAGCACCCACAAUAUGCCCCACUGGGUGCGGGUGGCCUUUCUGAGCUAUGUGCCCCGGUGGCUUCUGAUGAAACGGCCUCUGCCACCCUUGGGGCUCCAUGGCUCCCCAGAUCUGAAACUCAGCCCCUCCUGUCUCUGGCUAGAGACCAACAUGGAUGCACAGGAGAGGGAGGAGGAGGAGGAGGAGGAGGACAGAUGGGCGUUGUCCUCCUCCAUGGGUGUCCUCUACACCCAUGGUGGUCUGCGCCAAAGGGCCUCAGGCCCCAAGGCGGAGGCCCCGUUGCAGAAGGGCGGGCUCCUGCUGUCACGCCACAUGCAGAAGGCCCUGGAGGGCGUGCACUAUAUUGCUGAUCACCUGCGGUCUGAGGAUGCUGACUCUUCGGUGAAAGAAGACUGGAAGUACGUGGCCAUGGUCAUUGACAGGAUAUUCCUCUGGCUGUUUAUCCUGGUCUGCUUCCUGGGGACUGUGGGACUCUUUCUUCCCCCCUUCCUGGCCGGAAUGAUCUGA